AUGACCAUCGCACGGCCGGUCCGCGCACUCAUUGGCCUCUGCGCCUUGCUGUGGUGUUUCUUUCUCUACGUGCUCUUCAAGCCCAGUCCCGAAUUCCAAGGUCCAGGCGAUCGCUACCAGAACUUCGAGCGCGAUCCGACCCUCGAUCCGACGUUCGAGCCCGACGGCAAGCUUGUCCACUAUGAUGAGGGAAACUACGCCCCCGAUGCCAAGAAGUCGGACAGAAUAGAGGCGACAUUGCUUGCGCUCGUGCGCAACUCGGAGGUGGACGACAUGGUGCAGAGCAUGCAAGAUCUGGAGCGCGUGUGGAACAACAAGUUCAACUAUCCAUGGACCUUCUUCAACGACGUUCCCUUUACCGAGGAGUUCAAAGAGAAGACGUCCGCAGCCACGAAUGCCAAGUGUAUCUACGAGGUGAUUCCAGACGAGCACUGGACGAAACCAUCAUGGAUUGACGACGCCACCUUUCAAUCCUCGGCCAAAGUUCUUGAGGGCAAGGGCGUGCAAUACGCGAGCAAAAUGUCCUACCACCAAAUGUGCCGCUGGAACAGCGGUCUGUUCUACAAGCACCCCGCGCUCAAGGACACGCGGUACUACUGGCGUGUCGAACCCAAUGUGCACUUCUUCUGCGAUAUCGACUACGACGUCUUCCGGUACAUGCACGACAACAACAAGACCUACGGCUUCACAAUCAACCUCUACGACGACCCGAAAACGCUGCCCACGCUAUGGCCCGAGACGGUCAAAUUCCUCGCCGACCACCCAGAGCACCUGAACGAGAACAAUGCCAUGAAGUGGGUGACCGACGACGAGCAUCGGCCCCAAAACAAUCACGAUGCGCAGGGGUACUCCACCUGCCAUUUCUGGAGUAACUUCGAGGUGGCCGACAUGGAGUUCUGGCGAAGCAAAGCAUACGGGGACUACUUUGAACACCUCGACAAGGCUGGCGGUUUCUUCUACGAACGAUGGGGCGAUGCACCUGUGCAUAGCAUCGCUCUCGGGUUGUUCGAGGACGCGAGCAAAAUCCACUGGUUCCGAGAUAUUGGGUACCAGCAUAUCCCCUUCUUCAACUGCCCCAACUCGCCAAAAUGCAAGGGCUGUGUGACGGGGCGGCUGACAGAUGGCGAGGCGUGGCUUCACCGCGAUGACUGUCGGCCAGUGUGGUUCAAGCAUGUGGGAAUGGGCUGA